AUGCCGUUCUGGAAGAAAGAUCAAGCACAAAAAGAAAUUUAUAAUACUGUUUCUGAUGGUUUACGUCAAGUCUAUAAGAACAAAUUAUUACCAUUAGAAGAAACAUAUAAGUAUCAUGAAUUUCAUUCACCUGCAUUAGAUGAUUCUGAUUUUGAAGCAAAACCAAUGGUAUUGUUAGUUGGUCAAUAUUCUGUUGGAAAAACAUCAUUCAUUCGAUAUUUGUUAAAUGAAGAUUUUCCAGGAAUUCGAAUUGGUCCAGAACCCACAACAGAUUGUUUUAUAGCCAUUAUGCAUGGACCAAAUAAUGGAACAGUACCCGGGAAUGCAUUGGUUGUUGAUCCAUCAAAACCGUUUCGUUGUUUAUCUAAAUUUGGUAAUGCAUUUUUAAACCGUUUCACCUGUUCGAAUGUUAAGAAUGAUGUAUUAGAGUCAAUUACAUUUAUCGAUACACCUGGUAUUCUCUCGGGUGAAAAACAACGUGUUGAUCGUGGCUACGAAUUUUCUGAAGUAUUGGAAUGGUUUGCUGAUAGAUGUGAUCGUAUUUUGUUAUUGUUUGAUGCCCAUAAAUUGGAUAUAUCCGACGAAUUGAAACGUUGUAUCGAAGUUUUAAGACGAAAUGAUGAUAAAAUUAGAAUUGUACUUAAUAAAGCGGACAUGAUUGAUCAUCAAGAAUUAAUGAGAGUUUAUGGAGCACUUAUGUGGUCACUUGGAAAAGUACUAAAUACACCAGAAGUGUGUCGAGUUUAUGUUGGCUCGUUUUGGUCAAAACCAUUACAUUUUGAUUCGAAUAGACGAUUAUUUGAAUUAGAAACAAAAGAUUUGUUGGAUGAUUUAGAAUCAUUGCCAAAAACAGCAACAUUGAGAAAAUUAAAUGAUCUAAUUAAACGAGCAAGAUUAGCCAAAAAACUUCAUGUUGUAUAUGAGAAAAUUCAACGUGAACAAAAUAUUCCAAUGGGCGAUUUUCCAAAAUUAGAUCGAAUGCAAGAACUAUUAAAAAAUAUGGAUUUUACAAAAUUUAAACAAUUAGAUCGUAAGGUAUUAGAACGGGUUGAUCGUAUGUUAUCUGAAGAUGUACCAAAACUUAUGAGUAUGAUACCACAAGAAGAAAAGAAUUACAUGGCUGCACAUGAUCGUCCAAUAUCUAGUUCAGCAUUUAGUGAUCAACAAUCGACUCCGUUUGAAAUGGGAGGUGUUGAAGGUAUUAACGCAGGAAUUGGAGAAACAGAUUGGGUUGUUACUCGUCAACGAGACGAAUAUGAUAGAUUAUUUCAAGCAUUACAGCCUUCUGGCGGAAAAAUAUCGGGUGCAUCAGCAAAACAAGAAAUGGUUAAAUCAAAAUUACCUAAUAAUGUUCUUGGACGAAUAUGGAAAUUAUCCGAUGUUGAUAAAGAUGGCAUGUUAGAUAUAGACGAAUGGGCAUUAUCACAACAUUUAAUUAAAAUAAAACUUGAGGGUCAUGAAUUACCGAAUACAUUGCCCGAUCAUUUAGUUCCUCCAAGUAAAAGAAAUUUAUUACCGACGAAUGGUUUUAAUGGGAACAAUAAUCCAUCAUUAUAUCCCGUUAUCAACUCAUACGGUGAUGGAGGCAAAAAUGAAUAA